ACACGAAACGAUCUACACGUCAAAACUUCAUCGAUUCCCCGUGUGUGGAACAUGAAUCGAUCAAUUUUUACGCAGCUAAUGCAAAAUUUUCCGAUAACACUGUCAACGUCAGUUCAGCCCGAAUUUCUCGUGAUCUUUCUUCUCUUAAUCCGUGCAGAAGGUUACGAUUUCGGUUACCUUCGUCGCCUUUCCAUCUACCUUGUCAAUUUCUUCUUAUCUUCAAGUUGUGUUAAAAAACCAAUUAUUUUUCAUUCAUGUAGACUCUGGAAUUGUUCACGUCGAUUGAUCCUUCUUCCCGUGGGGAAAGAGAGGAAUCAGUCGUCGUCUUCGAUUGUUUCUGGUGGCGAUGGAGGAUAGCAACCGCAGAAAGGAGGUGAGGUUCGAGGAUGGAGAGUACGAGAUUGAGGAAUUGGGAGAGCACAUCAAAUCGUCUAGAGCGAGCAGAUUCGAUGUAUUGGAAAACGUAUUUGGCAUCGGUACCGGAGCGCGGAGGAAGUUCAGUCGCGAAACGCUCAUCAACGGCAUCAGAGAUCUAUCCAAAGGCUUCGUCAUUCAUCCUGAUAACAGGUGGUACCGGGCAUGGACCACGUUCAUACAAAUAUGGGCACUGUACUCCUCCUGCUUCACUCCGUUUGAGUUUGGCUUCUUCCGGGGAUUGCCGGAAAAUCUUUUUGCACUAGAUAUUGCAGGACAGAUAGCUUUCCUUCUAGACAUCGUUUUGCAGUUUUUUCUAGCUUACCGAGACAGCCAGACAUAUCGAAUGGUCUACAACCGCAACCAAAUUGCACUCCGGUACUUGAAAUCUAAUUUUAUCCUUGAUUUGCUUGCUUGUCUGCCUUGGGACGUGAUCUACAAGGCUUCAGGGAGAAAAGAAGAAGUGAGGUUUCUUCUAUGGAUUAGGUUAUACCGGGUUCGCAAAGUCACUGAUUUUUUCCAGAAGAUGGAGAAGGAUAUACGGAUCAAUUACCUUUUUACCCGGAUCAUAAAACUUAUUUGUGUUGAAGUAUAUUGCACACAUACAGCAGCUUGCAUCUUUUACUAUUUGGCUACCACUCUGCCCCGUGAAAAGGAGGGGUACACGUGGAUUGGAAGUUUAAAGCUGGGUGAUUUCAGUUAUUCACACUUCAGAGAGAUUGAUAUCUGGAAGCGUUACACAACUUCCAUGUAUUUUGCCAUUGUCACCAUGGCUACAGUUGGUUAUGGAGAUAUACAUGCUGUCAAUAUGAGGGAAAUGAUAUUCAUAAUGAUUUAUGUCUCCUUUGACAUGAUUCUUGGGGCAUAUUUGAUUGGUAACAUGACAGCAUUAAUUGUAAAAGGGUCCAAGACAGAAAAAUUCAGGGAUAAAAUGACAGAUGUUACGAAGUAUAUGAACAGAAAUAGACUUGGAAGGGAUAUACGUAAUCAGAUCAAAGGUCACUUGUGCUUGCAGUAUGAAAGUAGCUACACUGAAACUGCAGUCCUUCAGGAUCUCCCCAUCUCCAUUCGAGCUAAGAUAGCUCAAACAUUGUAUAUGUCAUAUAUUGAGAAGGUUUCUCUUUUUAAGGGAUGCUCAUCAGAAUUUAUCAGUCAGAUUGUGAUUGGAGUCCAUGAAGAAUUCUUCCUCCCAGGAGAAGUAAUAAUGGAACAGGGAAAUGUGGUGGAUCAACUCUAUUUUGUCUGUCAUGGUGUGCUGGAAGAGGUUGCUAUAGGGGAAGACGGAUUAGAAGAGACAAUUUCACUUCUGCAACCUGAAAGCUCAUUUGGAGAGAUCUCUAUAUUGUGCAACAUUCCUCAACCCUAUACAGUUCGGGUUUGUGAACUAUGCAGGCUUUUGCGAUUGGAUAAGCAAUCAUUUUCAAAUAUUCUCGAGAUUUAUUUCAGUGAUGGGAGGAAAAUAUUGAAUAACCUUUUAGAGGUAACUUUGCUAUAUGCUGGGGAGAAGUGCAUAAGUAUCAUUGCAGUCAGGGGAAAAGAAUCAGAUUUUCGAGUUAAGCAACUAGCAACAGACAUUGAAUUUCAUAUCUGUAAGCAAGAAGCUGAACUUGCUUUGAGGGUGAAUUGUGCAGCAUACAAUGGAGACCUCCAUCAGCUAAAAGCUUUGAUUGGAGCUGGGGCUGAUCCAAACAAGACAGAUUAUGAUGGAAGAUCACCCUUGCAUCUUGCAGCAUCAAGAGGAUUUGAAGACAUUGCACUUUUCCUUAUUAAGAAAGGUGUAGACAUCAACGUUAAAGAUAAAUUUGGGAACACACCCUUACUGGAAGCCAUAAAAAAUGGGCAGGAUCACAUUGCUUCUUUGCUAGUUGAGGAAGGGGCCUCGUUGAACAUAGAAAAUGCUGGGAGUUUCUUGUGUGCGGCUGUGGCAAGGGGUGAUUCAGACUUUCUUAAAAGGGUUUUGUCAAAUGGCAUUGAUCCAAACUCCAGAGAUUAUGACCAUCGAACUCCGCUUCAUGUUGCUGCAUCUGAAGGAUUAUGUCUGAUGGCAAAGCCAUUGAUAGAGGCAGGUGCAAGUGUUCUUACCAAGGACAGGUGGGGAAACACUCCUCUUGAUGAAGGCCGGAUGUGUGGGAACAAAACUUUGAUCAAACUACUUGAAAAUGCCAAAUCAAUUCAGUUAUCAGAAUUUGCCCACCAUUCUCGUGAAUUUACAGAUAAAAUGUAUGUAAAGAAAUGCACCGUAUUCCCUUUCCACCCCUGGGAUGCUAUAGAUCACAGAAAAACUGGAAUCGUGUUAUGGAUCCCCAAUACCAUUGAAGAGCUCAUUAAGGUUGCUGCUGAUCAAUUAAAUUUUCCAAGUGGUUCUUGUAUAUUGUCAGAAGAUGCAGGUAAAAUUCUAGAUAUAGAUAUGAUUAAUGAUGGACAAAAGCUUUAUUUGAUCAGUGAAGAACACUAGACGUUUCAUUCUGUCAUAUAUUCAUUCUGAUAAAGCAACAUUAAUGUUACUACCAAGGAUAGCCUUUGCUUUCCAAUAUCC